AUGACAGAUUACAAAGAAGAACAGGCCAGUGAAAUUGAGGCCUUGCAAUCUAUAUAUUCUGAUGAACUGGAAAUAACUGAAGUUGAUCCAUAUCAUGUGUUUUCUUUGGAGAUAUCGUCUGCUGCAGGAGAUGAACACCAGGAUGACACAAUCACCUGUACCUUAGAAUUCACUUACACAGAAAAAUACCCAGAUGAACCUCCUGUCAUUGAAGUAACAGAUAGUGAAAAUUUAGAUUUUGACCAAACAAAAGAAUUAAACAAAUUUAUCAGGGAACAGGUUGAAGAAAAUCUAGGUAUGGUAAUGGUCUUUACAAUAGUUUCUGCUGCUCAAGAAAAAUUGGCAUGUAUGAUAGAAGAAGCUAAAGAGUUAGAAGAAAGAGAAAAAGAGAGAAAAUUAAAAGAAGAAGAAGAAGUAGCCUUUAAAAAAUUUGAAGGAACCCGAGUGACAAUAGAAAAUUUCAUAGCAUGGAAAAAGAAAUUUGAUGCAGAGAUGGCAGAAUUAAAGAAUUUAAAACAAAAUUCAGAGCCAACAUCAAAGAAAAAGACAGGUAAACAAUUAUUUUUAGAAGACAAGUCACUGAACGAUUCAGAUGUCAACUUUUCAGAAGAUGCUGCAGUAGAAGUUGAUGAAUCAUUAUUUCAAGAUAUGGAAGAUUUAGAUAUAGAUGAGGAAGAA